CUCCAUUUGUAAAGCGGAGUGAACUCGUUUCCCGCCGUUAGAGUUUCGGAACCCUUCUGUUGAUUUACGCUUGUAGAGACGUUAAAACGUACCUUUCAUUUCCAACACAUUAAUGGUGGCUGAAAAUUAUCAGUUCAUGUUUUGUGAAAAGUAUUUUGAGCGCAUGUGGUCACGACAGCCAACAGCCUAUCGGAAAUAGUGGUGGAUUUCAUGUUCUUCUGUGCUUUUGGAUUUAUUGUGCAACGUUGUUAAUAAAUUGAGAAAGUUAAGUUCUUCUCUAACGAGAAUUAUGGCGGUUAGAUCCAACUGAAAGAGUACAAAGUCGCCAUCUUGGUUGACAGCCAGCUCAGACGUACAAAACGAAAGUUGCUACAGAACUUCGUGGAUGGGCUCGAACAAGAAUUAUUCCGAUUUCUACAUUUCCUAAUCUCUGAUACAAAGACCUGUAUCCUAGCGUGUUUGCUCUUCAUGAGACCUACUUUUCCACAGUUCUAAAGGAGUAUUUGAUACACGGAUUCAAAAUGUUUUGGAAAUUCGAUUUGCACCCGAGCUCUGCUAUAGACACGAUGUUGACGAAAGAGGACUGUACUUUGAGCGAAAUAUUGGACGAAGAUGAUGUGCUGCAAGAGACAAAAUCGCAGAAUAGAAAGUUGGUUGACUUUUUUAUCAGACCAGACAUUUUGGAGGAGCUAGUGGAAUAUGUUUUACAACAACCAGAUGACAAUAAAGAUGAAAGUGUAAGAUACAAACAUCCUAACACUGCUUGUGAAGUUUUGACAGCUGAUGUAUAUGCAAUCAUUGAUAGGUUAACAAGCAAUGAGGAUCUUUUAAACAAAAUCUGGUCCUUUAUGGAAUCUGAACCUCCACUUAAUCCCUUACUAGCUAGUUUCUUUAGCAAAGUUAUGGGAGUUCUUAUAAGUAGGAAGACAUCUUUGAUGUUAGAGUACUUAAAAAGUAAGGAAGAUUUUGUGAAUGCUGUUGUGAAACAUCUUGGUACAUCUGCUGUCAUGGAUUUACUUCUACGAUUGAUAACCAGUGUUGAGUCACCACAACUGCGACAAGAUCUGCUUGAGUGGUUGAAUAAUCAAAAACUUGUGGAGAGUUUGGUCUUAUUAAUAGAUCCAGGAAAUGAUGAAGAGAGAUGUUGCAAUGCAGCACAAAGCCUGUGUGAUAUAAUCCGACUUAGCAGAGAUCACAUGUCACAGCUCCAAGAGAAUGCUGAUCAAGAUCCUUUACUAGAUGCAAUUCAAAGGAGAGAGACCGUAUCAGAGUUAUUGGAUCACAUGCUUCGGGAUGCUCAGCUUCACCCAGAUGUGGCACUGGUCAAUGGAAUAUCUGUUUUACUCACGCUUUUGGAAGUCAGGAAAGGAAGUGGGGAAGGUGAAGAACCUAUGACUGCUUUGGAUGCAGAAAGGCUUGCACAAGGAGUCAGUGCUACAUUAGCUGCUCUAACACCCAGACUCAAAGAUUUUCAUCAGCUUCUUGUAGAUCCUCCUCCAAUGAAACCAAUGCUUACGACUGUAGGAACACUAGAUCCUCCACUUGGAAACGCUCGACUUCAAACCUCCAAGCUGAUUGCUGCUAUAUUAGCCACUAAUAGUGAUACAAUAAAUGCUGAACUAGCUAAUCUAGGAACAAUACAAGUUUUAUGGGAGUUAUUUUUCAAGUAUUCAUGGAACAAUUUCCUCCAUACUCAAGUGGAGAAGUGUAUAACCACAGUAUUAAACAAUCCCCCAACUGAAGAAGAUGGGGAACAGAGCACUCCUUUAGUUGAUGUUUUAUUUAAAGAUUGUCAAAUUAUACAAAGGAUACUACAGGAAUGGGAGGAUCAUGAUUCAGAUAAAUGUCAGACCAACCAAAGGAAAGGAUAUAUGGGUCAUUUAACAAAUGUGGCAAACAGUCUUGUUCAUAGUCUAGAGAAAGGGAAAAACAAAACUGCUCUUGAUACAAUUUUUGCAGAGUUGCCUGAAAAAGUGCGUGAAAAAUGGAAUGCGUUUGUCAGCGGGAAGUUAGCAAAUGUCAACAAACAGAACUUAUCAGAACUGGUUGGACACAAUUUUCAGUCCUCUUCAGAAGAUGAAGAUGAUUUCAAACCUAUGUCCUUUUUACAUACAGAAAACUCUCUUCAGCAGGCAUUCUCAAGAUACCAGAUGCAGCAGAUGACAUCAGAAUUUAUGGAUACAUUUGGUCUGGAUGAGGAAGAAUUCCAAGAACCAGAUGAUUCAAUCACGGGACCAUUUGACAGAAUGGGAGAUGUUGGUUUUGCUGUAAAUGCCCAGGAAGAUAAUCCCAAUGCUUCAUUAUUUGAAGCUUGUUGUAAUGAAAAGAUUCAACAGUUCGAUGACAGUGGAAGUGAUGAAGAGGAUGUUUGGGAGGAAAAAGAACUCACCUUUUCAUCCAUUGCAGAGUCAAGACAUAGUACCCUAUCACCAGAGGGAGGAAGUGAAAGUGAGAGUAGUGACAGUGAUGACGAUUUGGAGUCAUCAGCUCCCAAAGGUCCCAAUGUACCAUUUGAAAGUGAAAGCAGCCCUCAGGGACUACCGGUAAAACAACCUCCUGCAGCUGCAGAUAAUAAAAUGGAAGUAGAUCCCACUGAUGCAUGGUCCCUUGCAUUUGAACCUGAAGAGACAGCAGUAGAUGAAGCUGUGUCAAUGGAUGCUUCAGAUGUUGGCUGGGGAGACACACCAGCAGCAACCACAGAUGACACAGGAUGGGCAACAUUUGAUAGUUUUACUGAUAUCAGAAUGGCUACCAGCAGUGAACCAACUGAGGAAGCAGCUGAUUCACCUGUUGCAAUGGAAACAGAAUCACCUGCUCCUUCACAGGCAGGGGCAGCAUAUAUAGUCAAAGAGGAUUCCAUUUCAAACAAGCCAGAUGAGUUAAGAACAUAUGGCUUGGUGUCCAGUGCUGAAGCUCUUGGAGUCACAACAGAUGGAGAUUGUGAGGAGUCUACAAGAAAGACAGAGCCCUCACCAGUCCAGGAUAGAGCAGCUCGUUACAGGUGUGAGGGUCAAUCACUUGACAAUUCAGCUCCACUAGCAACAAAUGAUAGUGAUGAUGAUAUUUCAGAUGAAGAAACUGCUGGUGUGAAAUGUGAGGAAGUAUUUUCCAGGGUAGAACAAGAUAACCAAACUGAGGGCAUUGUCCAUUCAAACAAUGAGGUUAUGACUGUAAAUAAUGCUCAUGAUGAUCAGAUGACAAGUGCAAAACUGGACAAUGGGCCUGUGGACUGUACAAAGGAUACUGAACAUCAGGGCUUAACAAAGAAAACUAAAUUGGAUCAGGAUUCUAGGUCACCGUUAAAGGAGUUGGUUGAAACACAAACAAAUCUAGUGAAUGGUCCAGGCUAGAUGUUCCUCUGGUUAUUGUUUGUAACUUUGACAGAUUUGUAUGUUUAUAGAUGAUGAUGUGUAAAAUAUUUUAGUAAUGGCUAAGUUUGCUGAAGGAACUUUACUCAGUAGGCAGGCCUCUGCAUCCAACUAGGCAAAAGGUAAUCAGAAAUUGUGACACAUCGUAUUCUAGGAUAUCUUUGUACAUGCAAAGAAUUUUGUGAGCCAUAUUGAAUUGGGUGCUGUCAGUUUUUUUUAUAUUUUAAGUUAUCUGAUUGAAAGUGACCUUUGAGGCCAUGAAUUAAUGUCUUUUUUUCAGAGAAGUUUGUGUUAAGCUCAGUUGUUCAAAACAUGACUGGAACACAUACUGCCAGCUAAUACUGGUCUGGAAAUGCCUUGUACUCUCAGAGUGAUAAAGAUUUUAUUUCAAUACUUAAUUAUCCAGGUAGAUGAUGAAAAGUAAAUCAAUUGACUGGCAGAUUUUCAGGUACAGAACCAAGUUUGGUGAAAAGCAGAGAUAAAAUGAAUGCAAGAUCGCAAUAUGAAAUGGCAAAUUCCAAGUGCUUUGAGAAACUGAACAAGAAUGGGAUGGUUGCAAAUACUUAAUUUCAUGAGUAUAUGUCAUCUAUGUAAUAAUUUCAAAGAUGGCAGGGAGGUUUGUUUCAAAAAAUUACUGGUUACAAUAUAUGUUCUUCCAGGCUUGAUUAAAUUUUGCAAUAAAGGAAGUUUUGCCUUCCUUUCUGGUGAGCUUGGUCUCUCUGUACUUGCAAGAGUAUUUUUUCCUAAUUCUUUGUUUCAUAUUUUAUAGUUAAGGGGAAGUGUCGUGAUAUAUUGUUGUGAACUGUUGGACAUUCAGUUAUUGAGGGUUGAAAUCUUAAGUUGGCAUCAGAAUUCUUUGAAUUUUCCUUUGACCUUUUUUUAAGAAAAUGGUAACAAAACUAACUUUUACUACAGACAAAUCAGCUGAAUAGUGUUCAAAUCCAGCAAUAUUGGUUUAAAGAAAUGUUUUGUGGUACUGAAUUGCUAGAGAAAUUUUUUUUUUCUUAUGAUGGGGGGGAAAUGUUAUAAUCACAAGGACAAGCAAAGUGAUGUACAUAGUAAUUUUUUACCCUUAAAAAGUUAUCUUCCUUGCAAGAUUUCAUAGAAAUCUUUUUUGUUUAAAGGCAGGCAUAAGAAAAGCUCCACUACUGGACCAUGUUGGUGGAAGAUUUUUUCAAAUCAUUUUCACUGGCAUUUGCGAAAACUUGAAAACCAAAAACAGCCAUCUUGAAGAGUGAUGCCAUUUUGGACUAUGUUACAUUCACGUCAUUGUUGCUGUCAUUUCAGUAGUUAUUCAUUCGUAGUCAGCAGGGAUUAAAAUAGCUUAUGUAAAGUAUCACAAAAUUUAGAAUGACCAGAGAUUAAGACUGGAAUACUGACAUUUUUCACCAAUUUGACUGUCCUUUAUGUGUGUGUGUGUGUGUGUGUGAGCCUGAAAUUAAUUGUGAGCCUGAAAUUAAUUGUCAAAUUACCAACAAGGUGUGCCAGUGGUGGAGGUCUUCUGUAAACUUUUUUUUCAAAAUUUGCUUACUCAGGAUGAUUGCAAAGCUUUUAUACAUAACAUGAUCGUGUAUAAUAAUUAUGAGUUGAUCAAUGGAAAAUCUCUCUCAAACCAAUUGAACAUUACAAUUUUACAUUUUGUUUUUGCUUGAAAAGGGUAUAGCCAGCAAACGUAACAAUUUUAUUUCCAGUUAACCUAUUACUUAGUAAAGGAUGAUAACCUUUACUCUCAACUACCAAUGCAUGUACCAAAGGCUGUAUUCAUAAUAAAACCUCUCGCAGUAUUCAAGAGAUGCACACCAUCACAGUUGUUGAAACUAUAUUGUAAUUUUAGUCAGUUGCCCCCUGAAAUAAAAUUAAUCUUAAGUUGUGAACUGUUACAUUGUUUGUGUAUUACCUAAUUGGCCAUAUAUCCAGGAAUGACAAUCCUUUGUCAGUCCUAAAGGCAUUUCAGUCUUGUUUAAGUUCAACACUCCAGGUAUUAAAAGGUGUUCUUGAA